AUGUACCGGCAAAUUAUGGUCGAUGAAAGAGAUGCGAAAUGGCAAUGCAUCUUAUGGCGAAAUUCUCCAAGCGAGCCGGUGACCACCUAUCAGCUACAGACAGUAACAUACGGAACUAGUUGUGCUCCGUUUUUGGCAGUGAGAUGUCUACAGCAAUUGGCUUACGACAACAUCUCCACCCACCCAAUUGGAGCUACUGUCACUCUGCGAGACUUCUAUGUCGACAAUCUGAUGACAGGGGGCGCCACAAUUGAAGAAGUCAAAGCAAUCAAAAGGGAAGUCAUCGAUUUACUCGCCAAGGGAGGGUUCCCUCUUCGAAAAUUUGCAGCAAAUCAUCAGAGCAUUAUCGACGAUGUUUCAGAGACGGACAAGGAACCCGUAAUAAACGUUGAAAAUAUUGACUACAUCAAAACGUUAGGAUUAAAGUGGUCGCCUGCUACCGAUUGUUUCUUUUUUUCAUACACACCGUCUCAGAAACGGCUGCAGAAGGCCAGGAAGCGCAUGAUACUCUCGCAAAUAGCCAGCUUCUUUGACCCACUCGGCCUUAUAAACCCCAUCAUCCUCCCAUGCAAAAUAAUGAUGCAAGAAUUAUGGAAAUUGCGCUUAACCUGGGACGAAAGUGUACCUCUGGCGAUUCAAACACAAUGGGCCGAUAUAUGUAACCAACUCACCUUCAUCGAAAAAAUGCAUCUUCCAAGGUUCGUAUGUUUUAACUCUAGCACUAAAUUGCAUGCCUUUGCAGAUGCGAGUACAAAGGCUUACGGAGCGUGCGUAUAUGCUGUUUCUAACGCUGAUGGAGGCCCACAUUCAUCGCUUAUCGCGGCAAAGUCAAGAGUAGCGCCCACUAAAGAGACCACGCUGCCAAAAUUAGAAUUAUGCGCUGCUCUGUUGUUGUCAGAAUUACUGGAAUCAUUGGUAGCCACACUCACUAUUAAUGCACGCAACAUAUACUGCUGGUCUGACUCCACGAUUGCCCUGUCGUGGAUACAGGGUGAACCAUCGCGUUGGACUACAUUUGUAGCUAAUAGGGUAGCAAGAAUACAGCAGAUCACAGCGGGAUACACUUGGCGUCAUGUAUCGUCUUCGGAAAACCCUGCUGACUUAGUGUCGCGGGGAGUGACGGUGCACAACAUCAUCAACAACCAGUUGUGGUUUCACGGACCACAAUUUAUACAAUUACAACAACAGCACUGGCCUUCCAGUCCAAUGAAGGCCAUUAUUAAUAUGCCAGAGCAGCGCAAGCAACACCACACCCUUUUAGUAACGCAGGUUGAAGACAUCGUUGCUCAAGAAUACAAGGGGCUUCAGAAAGGCAGA